AUGUGCAAGGACUUUGAACUCGUUCGGUUGGCAAGAGAUAUUAGCACAAGCAAAGGUAAUGCACUCAAAGUUUUCUUCACUGCAAAGACGCACAAGCCUGGAGUUCCUUUGCGAACGAUAGUUAAUGAGCAGGGUUCAUGGCAGCAUUCAGUUAGCCAGUUCUUGCUCAAAGAACUGAAUGGGCUGAAAGUUGUGGAUCCUUUCGCUACAAAGAGUUCAGAGGAUGUUGUGCGGUUUCUGCAGGUCGAGAAUUGUACGGACUUUAUGUUUUCUGUGGAUGUAGAGGAUCUAUUUUAUUCCGUUCCUCAUGCGCAGUUGUUCGCGUCUGUUCGUGCCUGCAUUGAUUCGAAUGGAGUCAUAGCUUUUCAAAAUGCUUCCGGCUUAUCGGUCGAGAAUUUCAUGUCGUUACUAGAAUUUUAUCUUCGUUCUACCUUUGUUUCAUUUAAAGGGUUUUAUCUGCAGCGAGAAGGUAUUUGUAUUGGAUCGUGCGUGGCGCCUGUUUUAUGCAACAUUUUCUUGGCGGAUGUUGAUCGGGGUUUAGUUAGCAUUCUUGAUAAUAGAUGCGUUGUUAAAGUUUUUAGGUAUGUGGACGUUUUAAUUCUUUUAAAGAGACCCCAUUUUACUUCUUUGGACAACUCUGUUGACGCUAUUCUUAAUGCAUUUAAACUGUGCGGUAAGGGCUUGACCUUCACCUAUGAAUUUCCUACUGAUAAUUCGUUGCAGUUUUUAGAUUUACGUCUCGUUUUAUAUGACCACCUAUGUUGGCGUUAUUGUCCCCGUGCGCAGAAGGCCCUUUUGUCCUAUGAUUCUGCGCAUUCUAAACUCGUAAAAAGGGGGAUUGCCAAACUGUGUCUACGGUCCGCUCUUGAGAAGUCAUGCUCACAUGCAAUGCAAGAAAGCUUUAAUGAUCAGGUGCGGCGUUUAAUUGCCGCUGGGUAUCCUUGCACGGUAGUCUCGGCAGUCGCUGAAGUGCUUCUGCGUGAUGCCAAAGCAGUCCGUUCCAGCGGGAACCCUGGCCUGCGUCGCAGGUGGCGCCCGGAGGUGAUGCCUUAUAUGCAUCGCAUUUCCCACAACCUCAAAAAGAUAGGUCAUCCGUUGAGCGGGAAUUGGAUGAUGCAGGAGAGGGGACGGAGGGAGCAGCCCACUAGCACCGCUCACCUGUUUGCCAGUUUUCACGACGGUUGCCCAGACGUCGCCCGCGCCUUGCUUUCUGGAUUACUGCUGCUGCUGCUGGGGGCGGCUCUGAUUCCCUUGGCCACCGUGUGGCGGUGGUGGUGGUGA